CGGCGCGCGGGCGCGGGCUGCCCCCCCCAAGGUCGUGGACACCGGAGGGGGCUUCCUCCUCGAGGAGGAGGAGGAGGACGGUGGCGGCGACCCACAGCGGCAAAAGCCCGGCGCCGCCGAGAACAUCGUGCAUCCUCCCGCUUGUGAAACUGUAUAGAAAAUGUUAAUUUCCUGCUAGAACUACAAUGUUGCUGUUAAAAGAAACAUUCCUCGUAGCUGCGUUUAUCGGAAUCGGUGUUUCUUGGUGUCUCACGAAACGUAAAGCAGAUGGCGAUGACGCUGGAAGUGAUCUACCCGGCGAGGAUGCAGCCAGGAGUCAUGGCUGCCACUGGCAUGAGUCUGGGCUUGGAGCAGUGCUGAGAGGGCUUGGGGAGAGGAUUGUAGUGGAGCUCCAUCCCCAUUCCACUCCUAGCAGCUCUCUGGCCAUCCACCUCCAUAACUGCCAGAAAGAACGGACAAGAGCCUUGCCAACCGCCCCAGGCCUUCGUUGAGCUCGUUUAGGGAGAGGCAGGCGUGGCCGAGCUAGGAAAAAAACCGGAGCAGAGCUGAGAGGACUAUGAUGCCAGCACAGCUCCUGUACUGCUUCCUGCUCUAGCCACUGUCUUCGAACUGCAUCCCCUUCUGCUUCCUCCCGUUCCUGCCUGCACGUCCUCUGUAAAUCAGGACAUGGCGUUGCAGAGCCAGAAUGGAGGAAGGUGUAGGAGGGGAUGUGAAGCCCUUUAUAAGAAAAUGCAGAGAUUUUUUUUUUUUUUUUGUAACAAUGGCUAAGUUGAAACAAAUGUGUGUGUUUGAAUGUUGAAAUCCAAUACUGAAUACAAGGAACCUUCUAGCAAGAACCGAAAUAGACUAGCAGAGAUGAGAUUGGACGAUAAUGGUUUUUAGUUUGUUCUGUAUCUUUCUGGAAAACUUGAAUAGAGCGAAACUAGCCUGUAACCAAUACUGUAAGAACUAUCAUGUAAAUUUUAGUAAAGUUGCUUGCAAUACCAACUCCAGAUGCUUGUUUUUAACAUCGUGGUUCCUUAAAAAAAAAAAUUUCUUUCCCUUAGCACCCGUACUAGAAUUUGACUAUCUCAUCUGUGGAGACUGUGGCAAAGAAUUCAUGGAUUCCUACCUUAUGCAGCAUUUUGAUUGGGCAACAUGUGAUAAUUGCAGAGAUCCUGAAGAUAAACAUAAGCUUAUAACAAGGACAGAAGCAAAAGAAGAGUAUCUUCUUAAAGACUAUGACUUAGACAAGAGGGAACCAGUGCUCAGGUUCAUUGUGAAGAAAAACCCUCAUAAUUCACGAUGGGGUGACAUGAAACUUUAUUUAAAACUGCAGGUAAUCAAGCGUUCUCUUGAAGUCUGGGGUAGCGAAGAAUCAUUGCAAGAAGCAAGGGAGCUCCGCCUUAGCAACAGAGAAAAGAUGAAGCAGAAGAAGUUUGAUAAGAAAGUUAAAGAGCUCCGCCGGGCUGUGAGGAGUAGCUUGUGGAAGAGAGGAGCUAGUAUCCAUGAACACGACUAUGGACCAGAAGAAAACAUUGAUGAAGAUACAUAUAAAAAGACAUGUACUGUAUGUGGCCAUGAAUUAACUUAUGAGAAGAUGUAGUGGUAGUAUUUUUUCUUCUAAUUUAAUUAUCUUUCUAAUGGUAUUUUGUAUUAAUGUCAAAUAAAUGCUCGUUAUGAACAA